AUGAGCAUCAAGUCAGCCAUCGUCGUCCUCGCUACCCUCGCCUUCCGGGCCAUUGCGGUCCCGGUCGAGCCCGCCCGACCCCCAAACCCGGAAGACUGGACCCUCCUGAACUUCCGACGCACUUGCGCAGCGGACCAGAGCCGGUGCAGCUACACUUUCUUCGUCUCCGAAGACGCGGCCAAGGUGCCCAGGUACUGCAACUUUGACAUUGACGCCGCCGCCGGGCUCCCCGCGUACCAAACCGACUUCUCGUCCCUCAAGUGCCCGAGCGCACCCGAGUAUACCAUCAACGGCGGCUGGGACGAGCAAGGCUUCAUCACGCUGACGGUCAUCAACGAUCCGAGGAAGCUCCUAUCUUUCUUCGCUUUCAGAGAUGACGAGCUGUGGGCUGGUGAGGCGGCGACGCCGCAGCAGUCUAAAGUCUUUGAUUACCCGUUCUCCACCAAGCGAGAGGUCGUGGCCAGCCAGGAAGAGAGUGAGAGGCAUACGCUCCCAGCUGGAAGAUUAAGGAUUUCAUCAGAUUGCCUCCUGAUCAUUGCCCUUUUUGAGGGAACUGUACCCCUGGGUAAGAGCUUCGCCGACGCAGCCUGUGGCUACGGUGGAUGGACGGUUUCUUGGGGUCACAACGAGACCACAGACGAGGCUGUCAUGACCUUGAUGAAUGUACACCAUGACAGGAGAGCAUUCUAUGGAUUCAACGAUGUCAGCAAAAACAUCAUAUUGGGUGAUAAUGGACCUAGGCCUGCCUCUCCGUACUGA